AGAGACCCGAUUACCCGUCACCCGAGUACCCGACCACUUUGGCAGUUUUAUUUUUGAGAAUGUAGCUCAAUGUAUUUUGAUAUAUUAUUUGUGUGAACAUCAUUCAUAUGUAACAGUUUUUUGGUAUUAGGUUUAUUUUUUUUAUUAUUUUAGUAAACAAUACAAAACAAUAUAAUGUCGUCAAAGGGCCCAACAAUUGCUGGCUCAGACGGCUCAGAUUUUUCUCAUCGUCAAAAAGUUGCCGACCACUACAAAAUCAGUGUACAAAAUAAAAGUCGACUUAAAUAUUGUAUACUAUUUCACUAUAUUCUAUUCUUUCUUAUGGGUGCAAAAUUAUGCCCAGAUGUUUUGGAUAGAUUGGAUAUAUUUGUAUUAGAAAUUGAAGAACUUGAAAUUCCUAAGCCAUUGCUUUGGGAAUAUUUAUGGUGUUUGAGUUUGCCAGCAUCUUUUCUGGCAUUACGUGCAAUUAAGCAUAAUUGUAUAAAAAAUAUUUCCUUUUACAUCAAAUGGAUUAUUUCAUUCGGUGUUUUACCUGUAGUCUAUGGCUUUUUUACAUACCUUCCAGAAGUGUAUACUUUUAUUACAACAAGUCCAUCAACUGAAUCUAUUCAACUGUGGCGGAACUUCCCUUAUGGUAUACUUUGGUAUAUAUUUAUUGCUAUAGCAGUUCAAAUUCAUGGAUUCUCAAUAUAUUUUGCACUAAAUUUGAAAAAGGCCUGGACUGCCAGGGGUACUGCUCAAAAAAAGAAAUAAAUGAGUUGCUUUGAAAAAUCAUGGUGAUCUGGGAUAGUGUAAAUACUAUGGAUUAUAACUGUACAAUAUAUAUUUACAUUUUUAUGAUUAUGUAAGCCAUGAGAACUGCAUAAUGGUUUUAACCAAACUGAAUUAAUAUAGUUAAUUAAUGGUAUAAAAAAAUAUAUUUUUGUAGUUUAUCUGUGCUACUUAAAUUGUUAAAUUGUUUUCUUGUUUAUUUAAUAUAAAAUUUACAAGAUUGAAAAUUUUGUAUACAAUUUGUUAUAACUUUUUAAGUGAUUUUGUUUAUUAUAAAUACGGAAAAUUAUUUUUCACCCUA